AUGCUGUAUGGGGUGGACAUUUUCUUGUCCCCACCAUCGCGUGAGGGCAAAGGCUCCAAAGGCAUGAUAGAGAAGCUAGCCAGAGUCCAGAGACAGGCAGCCAUACACAUAACCGGUGCCAUGCGCACCACCGCUACUGAUAUUCUUGACGCACACGCAGAUCUUUUACCAUUCAGCCUACUGGUCGACAAAAAGUGCCAUGACGAAGCCACCAGACUGGCAACACUAGCCGACGAGCAUCCCCUCUACAGACACACCAUAGCGGCCGCAGAUGCGACAACCCAUACACCAGAUCGCUCCCCUCUCCAUAGGCUCCUAAAUGAAGCCUACGCCAUCUUUCCGAGCCAAUUUGAAGACAUCAAAGCCGUGCGACUCGAUCCAAAGUGGCAGUCAGCCAUCCAAACGAGCAUUGCACCCAACAAAGAUGGAGCCAUCGAAGCUGAGAAACAAAACAGAGACGAAAUACAGGUAUAUUCAGAUGGAUCUCUAAUAGAAGGGGGAGUAGGGGCAGCGGCGGUCCUGUUCAGACACGGUAACGAAAAAGCGAGGCUGCACAAGCACCUCGGCAGAGCAGAACAUCACACCGUAUACGAAGCAGAACUUACCGGCAUCCUUCUUGCUCUACAGCUCAUACAAAACGAACCACCGCAUCGCUCGGCAUCGAUAGCACUGGACAACGUCGCUGCGAUACAGGCCACAAAGAUAGCCAGGAGCACCCCAGGAUCAUAUCUUGUCGACGCAAUUCACGACAAGGUAGAGAAGGAGUUCGGAGGCAGAGGCAGAGGACGACCAACCUUACGAUGGGUACCAGGGCACGUCGAUAUUGUAGGAAACGAGAGAAGCGACGAGGAAGCGAAGGCAGCAGCAAGAGGACUCACGAGCAUGGAUACACGCUUCAAGAAGACAUUCGGAGACCUGAACCUGCCAAAGACCAUGGAGACGGAGCUGGACGGACCUAGGAGCCGAAACGAGCGACGAACACAACCAACCACACCCCGAGCGCGAGGAGGAGGCGGUCAUAGAGGAGCGACGAGACUCGUGCAGAUUCGAACCGCGGAACAGAGACAGAUGGCGGCCACGUUACGCAGCUGGUUAAACACAGCACCUGCUACCGGACCAAACAACAGUUAA